AUGGUGGCCCCUCUUGGAGGGGAUACCCUCCCUACCCCUACCCCCACCACGCCUGCUACUCUAAAUGCCGAGGCCCAGGCCUCUACGUCCUGGUGGUCCGUAAUGGAGAAGGUGAUUGAUCUAAACCUGGCAGAGGAGGAUGCGCUGGGGAAGGAUCCAAUCCUCUACCCCAACACCUCCUCCUCCACCACCACCACUACUACUGUCGAUGCCGAGACCCAGGCCUCUACGUCCUGGUGGUCCGUAAUGGAGAAGGUGAUUGAUCUAAACCUGGCAGAGGAGGAUGCGCUGGGGAAGGAUCCAAUCCUCUACCCAAACAACUCCUCCUCCUCCACCACCACCACUACAACCACUACCACCACCAACGCCCUUGGUGGCCCACUCCGAGGAGGGACCAAAGGGUAA